AUGGAGAAUGUGCGACGCACAACAUCUCGGCGCUCGUCGAGAGCGAGAUCGAGGCCGAACAGCCCGCCGCUGCAUCGGUUGCUUUCGAGCCACCACCCGGAUGACCAGUCGGUGUACCACCACGAAGAUGGCGAGGGGAGCAGCACGACAGAGACGAACAGAGACGAGACAAACAGAGACGAGACGAACAGAGACGAGACGACGUACGCAGAGAUUAGGGGCGGCAUACCGUACGAGCACGACGUCGAAGCCGGGGCGUCGGAGCUGGAGAAGAAGAAGAGCAGUCGCAGCAUCAAGGAUCCGAAUCUCGUGACCUGGGACGCGGCCGACGACCCUGCGAAUCCCAAGAACUGGUCCAUGAAGCGCAAGUGGGCCGCCACCCUCAUCGUGUCCUGCUUCACCCUCGUCUCGCCCAUCUCCUCGUCCAUGAUCUCGCCCGCGCUGGCAUCGAUCAGCGAAGACUUCCGCAUCACGAACCAAGUCGAGGCGCAGCUCACGCUCAGCAUCUUCGUCCUCGCCUACGCCAUCGGCCCGCUGUUCCUCGGCCCGCUGUCGGAGAUCUACGGCCGCGUUAUUGUGUUGCAGCUGUCGAAUCUCUUCUACCUGGCUUGGAAUCUGGGAUGCGGGUUCGCCCAGACGUCGGCGCAGUUGAUGGCUUUUCGGUUUCUGAGCGGGUUGGGUGGGUCUGCGCCGCUGGCUAUUGGUGGUGGCGUCCUCAGCGACUGUUUCCACGCCGAGCAGCGCGGCAAGGCCAUCUCCAUCUACUCGCUCGCUCCGCUUCUGGGUCCAGCCGUCGGGCCCAUUGCCGGCGGCUUCAUCGCGCAAAACACGACCUGGCGCUGGUGUUUCUACGCGACCACAAUCUUCACCGCCGUCGUGCAGUGCUUCGGCUUCUUCUUCCUGCAGGAAACCUUUGCGCCCAAGCUGCUGGCGUGGAAGCGCGACAAGCUCAUCAAAGAGACGGGAAACAAGGACCUGCACACGGAAUUCGACAGCCCGGACCGCACGCUAGCGACGACGCUCAAGACCGCAAUGCAGCGCCCCUUCAUCCUGCUCGGCACCCAGCCCAUCCUGCAGGUCCUGGCGUGCUACAUGGCCUACCUCUACGGCCUGAUGUACCUCAUGCUGUCCACGUUCCCGCGGCUGUGGACCGGCGCGUACCGCAUGAGCACGGGCACGGCGUCGCUGAACUUCAUCUCCAUGGGCGUCGGCUUCUUCCUGGGGACGCAGAUCACGGCGCCGCUAAACGACAUGCUGUACCGCCGGCUCAAGGCGCGCAACGCCGGCGUUGGCAAGCCCGAGUUCAGGGUCCCCAUCAUGGUGCCCGCGAGCCUGCUUGUGCCCGCGGGCCUGUUCCUGUACGGCUGGAGCGCGCAGGCGGGCGUGCACUGGAUCGUGCCGAAUAUCGGCGCCGCGCUGUUCUGCGCCGGCGUCAUCAUCGGGUUUCAGUGCAUCCAGACGUAUCUCGUCGACAGCUACUCGCGGUACGCGGCGAGCGCUAUUGCGGCCGCGACGGUGCUGAGGAGUUUGGCCGGGUUUGGGUUUCCGCUGUUUGCGCCGGCCAUGUACAAUGCGCUGGACUACGGGUGGGGGAAUAGUCUGCUGGCGUUUGUGGCGCUGGCGCUGGGUGUUCCAGCGCCUCUUUUGCUGUGGAAGUUUGGCGAAGGGUUGAGGGCGAAGAGUCAGUUUGCUGCUGGCUAG